GCUCAAGGCUUUCAAGUGUCACCCAUGACACCAGUUCAUGGCAAGAUGAAGUCGCUGGAAAAUGCCGGCGAAAGGACUCCCACGUCCCGCUUGCCCUCCAAGAAGAGCGACAAAAAAGUGAAGAUCAUUCAGGAGAUCGUGCAAGAAGAGGCCAGGGAGCAUCGAGGGCCCAGAGUCUCUGUAGAGGCUAUUCAGAAUGCCCUGGACGACCAGAUGGAAGAGAUUCACGGUCUUUGUGUGCUGCACUUGCAGAAGAACAAACGGAUGUUGGAGAAGCUGGAGCAGGUGGAGAAGAUCAAGGACUACGAGAUGCAGGAUCUGAGAACCCAGAUGCUGAGCCUGACAACUCCUAACAAGCAGCUGGGCCAGGCAAAAGGUAGCAGCUUGGGCACCGCCCAGCUGGAGAGCGCCAAGAAGCUGCUGGUGCAACGGGACGCCGCGUGCCGCCUGGCGGAGCAGGAGAACUUCCAGCUCCGCGAGCAGCUGGCGGCCAUGCAGGUGGUGGGCCAACAGACCUCAUUUCUCUUGAACAAGGCGACCUCGCCGGAGGCCAUCAGUGCCGUGGCUUUGCCGCCAGAACAGCCACCGCCGCCGCCGCACACCGAUGCGGUCUUGUUUCGGCUGGAGAGGGCCCAGACGGUGUUGGAGACGUGGGCCACCAACUACCACCCGCGGAUUCGGCCACCGGAGCUCAUCGAGUCGGACGACGAGGACUACCUCCCCGGCGCCGUGCCGCCGCCGCGGAAAGGUGAUUCCAAGGGUCCACCAGAACCAGAAGAGGAGAAGGAAGAAGAGGAGCCUUACGAUCCAAAAGCUGAGUAUUUGCGGCAAAGCCAGAAGCAAAGGAAGAAGAAGGCGCUGAACAGCAAGCUGAGAGCACUCGACAUGAAGUCUCGGAUGCGGGACGCCUUCGCAGAGCCCUCCUACAUCGCCACAGAGCACUAUCAUAAGACCGGCUGCGCCCAGUGGAUUGCCCGAUCAUACUGGUUUGAGCACACGACCAUGAUCGUCAUCCUGCUGAACUCGGUGUGGCUGGGGGUGGAUUCCACCAUCAACCGCCGCGCGCUGCUCAUCGCUGCUGACCCGAGCAUCAUCGUCAUCGAGAACCUGCUAUGCCUCGCCUUCACGGUGGAGAUCAUCAUCCGCUUCCUCGCCUUCAAGUCCAAGUGCAGCGCUUUCAAGGACUUCUGGUUCGUCUUCGACUUCUUCUUGGCCUUUUUCAUGAUACUCGAGACCUGGGUCGUUUCUGCCGUUAUGAGCAUCACCGGCGAAGAGCUCUUGCUGAUCGACAGCUCUGUUCUGAGGAUGCUGCGUUUGCUCCGGCUGACUCGUGUGGCGCGCAUCGCACGCCUCCUCCGUUUCCUUCCAGAAGUGAUGAUUCUGGUGCGAGCCAUCGGGGCUGCCACGCGGUCGGUGACGCUUACUGUGUGCCUGGCAUUGAUCAUCGUUUAUGUCUUUGCCAUUGCGCUCACUCAAGUGGCGGUGGAUACCCCGGCGGGGUCCCAGUACUACAGCUCUCUGCCAGAGGCGAUGUUCAACCUCAUCUUUCACGGCUGCUUCAACAAUGAUCUGGUGCAAAUGGCCCGCGUCUCCUUCCAGGAUGACUUGAUCGUGGCCUCUUUGUUUGCCUGCUUUCUGUUGAUCGCGCCCCUGACAGUCAUGAACCUUCUUGUGGGCGUGCUCGUCGAGGUGGUCCGGGUGGUGGCGACCGCCGAGCAAGAGGGGCGGGUGGUGCGGAAUCUCAAGGAGGAGCUUCACUAUGCGAAGGAGGCUCUGGGCUCGGAUGAUGGGACUAUCAGCCAGGAGGAGCUCAUCAUGUUGCUGCAGAACGACCAGGCCAUUGAUGUUCUGCAAGAUGUGGGCAUCGACCUGGUGGCGCUGGUCAAGGAUCCCAACAUCAUCUUCGACGGGGAGCCCUUUAUGGCCUUCCAGGACUUUCUUGACGAGGUCCUGCUCUUGCGUGGCUCCAACACGGCCACGGUGAAGGACCUCACGGUGUUGAAGAACCAACUCAUCACGACGUUGCCAUCGCUGCUGAAGCGUCGCAUGAAGACGCUGAUCUGAGUUUCGACCAACGACCGUCGAUCAAACGGCUGGAACGGGCCGUUAGGUCGGGGUGCAAAGCGGCUAUGAUGUCGAACAAGGAGUGUCCAUGACUUUUUGAACAUGGGGUCACGACUCAUCAUGGCUCCAUCCAUUGAGUAGUGACCCAAUUGUUUCAUGCUAGGCAUCUUGUUGGCGGAAGCCCAUUGACUGCCUUUGGGAUCCCCCACCAUGGAACGAGCUGUAUGUGGGUUUGUCUCAAAUGGGGAACCCCCAAAAUGGGACCGUAUCUUGUGGUGCCCAUAUUUCAGCGUGCCCAUCGCGAAUUUUGUGUGAGCGCGACUGCGCGACCGGAAAGUUGCGGACUUGGGCCUCGGGACGUCGCAU